AUGACACGAGGAACCGAAGAUUUAAUCCGCGGCUGGCAGUCUGGCUUAGCAGCCACAAAUGAAACGUUUUCCAGACAGACACGAGUGCUAAACUCGCUCGACACGACGCUAUCAAGGCAAAGGAAGUCUAUUAACUCGAUCCAAACGGAUCUAUGCGGUCUUUCUGCUGCACAAUAUCGGUUAAAAUUUCAGCUUGAGACACUUGAGAACUAUCAGAGUGACCUCGAGGUGGCGCUCGCCAAAAUUGAAGAAGAUACACAUGAAUUAGUCAGACACGGACCGGGUGCGGUGCAACUGGAUCGCAACGACCGACUAUUUUGUUUUGCAGAAAGCAUGAGCGCUCAACUGAAGGACGUCUGUGAAAAAAUUCAAGACGUGAGCAGCAUCACAUGGUUCAUACCUAUUACACAGAGUGAUCAAGAAGGCUCUAGCUCUUUGAGCAAAUAUGUCAACAUUUUGAACAGGCAGUUGGCUACUUUGAAGUCAUUGGAAGGCGAAAUAGCCCAACUCAGCGUUGACUAG